GUUCCAGGCGGAGUGUGGUCCCUGGGCAACCUCUCGAUAUCGGUGCCCCGCGCGGUACUCUCGGGGGAGGGCCAGUCUGCGAUCCUGAGGUGCUCUUACGAUUUGGAGGGCGCUGCUUUGUAUUCGAUAAGAUGGUACCGCGCCGAGAACGAGUUCUACCGGUACGUCCCGCGGGAGAUGCCGCCGACGAUGGUGUUUCCGCUGCCGGGGGCUUCGGUCGAUCUAGCGCAGUCAGACCACCAGCAGGUGCGAAUAGUGAACAUGAACCGGCGCCUCAGCGGCGACUACCAGUGUGAGGUCUCAGCGGACGCGCCGCUGUUCCACACCGACAUCCGAUCGGCGCCGCUCACUGUUGUUGAUCCACCGUUCCGAGCGCCCCAAAUCACCGUCUCCCAAAGGAGCUACGCCAGAGGAGACCAGAUCAGAGCCAACUGUUCGGUCGACGAAGCCUACCCGCCCCCUAACAUUACAUGGAUCUUGGAUGACCAUAAGAUAGCUGAGACGAUCUCCUGGCGAGCCACCGAGCUGGACUUCAAAGAGCGGGCCGCCUUCAGCCAGCUGGAGAUCUCCAUCCUGGAGGUGGAGCACUACAAGAUGGGCAUCACCUACACCAGCUCCAGCCUCAACAAGGUCUACCACGACCACUACGUGUAUGAUCGGGAUCAUGAUAAGGAGGACAGUGAGCUUCUUAGAUACACCCUCAUACCUCCACCAUCGAGCCAGUUCACCCUGAGUUGCGUGGCGACCAUCUUCGACAUCUACGAGCGGAAGAGUGACGCCGUCUACGUCAAGGAGGACUCGCCUCAGCCCGCCUCCGUCACGGGAGAGGACUCUUCAGGUACUGCGCCCUCAUCCAGCGCCAUCUUGCUGAUCGCCUGCGCGUGCGCGUGCCUGCAGCGCGCGUUAUGAUCCCCCCGCGCGCCGCGCGCCGCCCCCCUUAAGCAGUACCGAAACUGAAUGUUGUGAUAGACACUUAAUGAAAUAAUAGUCGAUUCUAGUGUAAGACAUAUACUUAUUUGAAUG